AUGUAAUUAUAAUCUGGAUAUGAAUGUCUGUUUUGCAAUAAGGGGAUCUGUGAAGUUUAUUAGAUAGAAUAUUUAUUAGAUUUUUAAGCAUAUUAACUAAUUUGUGGAGAUUUAAAAAUAGUUGAACCUGAUUUAUGUGAUAAUGGAAAUUUAAUAAAUUAUGAUGGAUGA